AUGUCAGACAAUUCAUUAUCCAAAGCCCCUAACGAUCAAACCACCAAUGAUCAGGGCAAUGGCAGCAGUCAGCGUGGUGUGGGCAUUCCUGGUAGGGGCCGCCAUGUCGCCCUCCCAAUGCGAAAUAGCAACCGCAGCAACCUCGCUGCUGGUACAGAGCAAAAUAACAAUGCUCGGGCCGGUAUCAAUGACAGCAUCUUUGCCCCUGGCAAUUCGCGAAACAGCGCCGUACAGUCAGACAUAACGUCUAAUCCCGCCGCAUCCCUCAGCUUGGUGACUCGGGGCGCGACCGCCACCCAGGCCAACUCCGGAGGACGCUCUGGCAAUAACUCUUCUUUUCCCGGAGCUCAAAUGAACAUGAGCACCGGCAAGUCCAAAGGCGGUGCGAGAAAGUAUGUCUUGGAACUGUACGAGAACAUACCAAUCAGCACAUCACAGGGCGAGGUGAAAGUGGACUUGUCCAAUGUUGGCAGUAAGGCAAUCCAGGGCAUAAAAAGGUCCAGAGAUGGCUUUUCGACUACAGGCAUUGUCCCAGGCACAAACAAGAAAUUGGACUGCCAUUUCGGGACCAACGCCACCGCCAACUCGUGGAUGAACAAGCGAAUGAAGAUGGAUCCAAACGCCGAGGUCAGUGUUUUCGCGCUUCAAGGCUUGCCUUCUAGCCUGAAAGGCGUUUUGGGCGCUGCAGCCCACCGAAGACGGGGGCGUAUCUCGACACUACCCACCACUACUGAGCAACCCACAACAGCGUCCCAGGGCAAUGUGGACGGCGGUAAAGGGGAGAAUGCCUGUGGAAACUGCGGGAAGCCGGGUCAUCAACUGGCCAACUGUGUUGGACCAGUUACGCGUGAUCGAGGAGACAUCCGUGGCUGUCCCUUUUGCAAUACCAAGAGUCACACGUAUGAUGCUUGCUGCAAGGGGUAUGAAGAAAGGAAUGGAACCAAAGUGACACUCGAGGAUCACUUCCAAUAUCUCGUAAGGCAGCGUCCAGGCCUGCCUAUGAUUCGGACCGACAUGGUCCCCAUUUGGCUUCUCGUCUUGGGCUUCGAAGAGCAGGGCAUAACCUUGAACAAUCCAAAUGGCAAGCCCCAAGGCUAUCCUCUGUCCGAGUCGGAGGUACGCCGCAUGUCGGCUGACAAGAACCACGUGCUGCACAUAGAAAACGUCAAGCAGAUCACGUACACUGAUGGUGUCUGGGUUUCGGACCUGGAGGAUCCCCGAACAAAGAACCUCCAAGCCAUUUCAUCCAAUACCAUGUUCCUUGUGCCCUCAAAUGUUGGGAAGGGCUACGUCAAGCACAACCUCCUUGAAGAGGAUUUCAUCUCGGAUGAUAGUCUUGACGAAGCUCUGAAGAAGAUGAGUGGUUCGUCCUUGACAUUCGAUGAAGUAGCCAAGCUCCUAGAGAGGAGCAAAUCCAGGGAGCAGAGAGAGUCCAAAAAGAUCAAGUGGGCCGUUCAGCGCAUUAUUGAUAAUUACAUUGAGGACUUCGCGACAAAGAGCGCUUCCUGGGCUUCCACUUUUUUUUAA